AUGCCCAACUUACUAAGUCUACCUACCGAAUUGAUCACGCUCAUCGGUUCGUUUCUCAGGGCAGGAGCCAUAGGCCUUCUCCGCCUCGUCAAUAAAGAGCUUCACACGAAGACGUGGCGAAGCUUCUGUCUUCGUUUCCAAACCGUGAAGGUAUCUCUAAUCCGCAUCAGCAUACAAGCACUGAGUGACGCAGCGGCAUCGCCUGAUAUCUCCAACGAGAUCAAGCAUAUGAUCAUCGGCACCGAAACACUUGAACAAUACGAACACGCAUUGACGUCCUAUCCCCGUGCGCUGCGUGCUAUGAUAGCCAACGAGGGCAAGGCCGUCGACUUGCGCAUCUGGCUGCAAAACAUCAUCGUCCAAAAACUGCCGAACCUGCGUAUGAUCACAUUAGAAGAUCGUCCCGAAGAUCCAGACAGCGAAGACUACCGUCCAAGUAUGGGAAGCGUGGAGCUCAUGCGAAGAGCUGGCGUCGAUUUGAGCCUGAACGGUCCAUACGGUCUAUCCAUCUGGGACAAUCCCCGUCGAGGAGACGAUCGAUCUAUCCCCUUGACACAGAAAGUAUGGUAA